CACCAAAACUCUGAAUUUGCACGCUUUGGGUCUUCUGCCGAAUCAGUUACUUUCCGUAAACGAACAAAAUGAAUUCCGCUAUGAAAAUCUUCAUGAUGAUCUUCGUCGUGGCUGUUAUCAGCUUGACUUGCGAAGCCCAGCGUCCCAAAAGUAACAACAUAGGAAACUCACAAGGUAGAGGUUAUGGAGGAUCUAGAGGUUCAGGAGGAUAUAGAGGUUCAGGAGGUUAUAGAGGAGGAUAUGGUUCUCGCAAUCAAAAUUCAUACCCAGGACGUGGCACUAGAAACCAAGGAAAUCAAGGCGGAGAUACCUCUCAAAGAAGUGGACAAGAUGCAUUUAAUGUCAACUUUGGAUCGGGUGGACUUAAUAAUGGACAAACCAACCAAGGAUCUCAAUCUGGCAGACAGCGUAAUCUCAAUGGUGCUAACUAGAAAUGCUUGCCUGGAAUUAUUGAAUAUUAAAACUGGAUUUAAUCGUAUUUUUUAAGAAUAAAAUAUGAUUAAUAAAGAUUUAAAAUUA